AUGUCGCCUCGAACUCGUGCAGCCCAGGCAUACAAGCCUGCCCUUGCAUCCAUCCAAUUCAUCCAGGCUGGGGCAAGGCAGACGGCCAGAAGAGCCUACGCAGAGAAAGCAGCUCCCACGCGCCCCGACGCCCCCCGCGACAUGAGCAGCAGCAUACCACUAAUCGCAACCGGAGGCAUCCUGGCCUUUUUGCCCUUCUACUACCUUUUUCACAGCACCAAGCCCUCGGCGUCUGGCAACGCAGAGAUGACGCAGGCGAGACGGCAGGGGAAUCCGGCGAACGAGUAUCGCGAUCCCAGAGAUAGUCCGGCCAAGACGUUGAAGCAGAAGAAGGCGAAGGAGGGCUGA